AACGAAAUACUUUUAAUCCAUAAGUAGACUUACAUUAAGCACCGUUCACUUCAAACUUUAAAUAAUAUUCGCGAUAAAGAGCAGCGAUAGAUAAAAACAACAAUGCCGUCUAAAAAAAUGAAUUGGGAGUAGUGCGUGCUUCAACUUUGGCCAGCUAUGAGAGUUCUCCAUGUCCCAUCGGUUCUCCUAUCCAUCGUUAAUGGGCCCCAACUUGGACGCUAAACCUUCUGAGCUCCCCAAUCCCCCCAAUUCGGAUGUGGCGCUCAGCGAGUACGACGAUGGGUACAACAACGGUGGCUUGGAUGUCUGUAGUAAUGAGUUCGCUGAAGUUGCUAAUCGUGAGCUAAUAAACCGGGAGUUGGUUAACUUAGAAAAUGCCGUGGUCAACAUUGACAAUUCGAACGAUGUGAUUAUUGGGCCUGUGACUCAGUUUAACGUUAAUGGGAAUGUUACUAUUUUCCACAAUAAGGAUGGACAACCUGUGGAAAUUGAGGAAAAGUCGGAAAUAUCGCCACCUAAAUACACGGAAACAACUUUCAAACAACGCCGCAAAAUUUGCCCCACCUUCCAAAUCACCUGCUGGAAAGAACGAAAAAUUAAGCGAGAUUUCAUCCUGAAGAUUAGUUUCUUCCUGAUAACUCUAUCCUCCUGUCUAAUUGUAUAUUUGUUAGGUAUCUCAACAAUAAACAAAAACAAGUUUCCACCAGUAGAUACAUGUUAUGGGCAUACAUUAGGAAACUACAGUGUCUACUACAGAGAUGACUAUGAUGGUGUUCCUCCUACGAACAGAGUUUUCCAGCCUCUUCCGUUAGGACUAGUUGUGGUAGGACACACCAACACCAAAACAUGUGAUGGUUUGAAGAACUGUUCCAAGAUAGUUCGGACUUUGCAGGACUACGAUAUAAAUAGCCAGGGGUAUUAUGAUUUGGCUGAAAACUUCCUGAUAGGAGUAGACGGCAGUAUUUACGUGGCAAGAGGUUGGGACGUCAGAAAUGGCUAUCCAAUCGUCAGCAUCGCUGUAAGCUUCAUAGGAAACUUCAAUGUGGAUCUGAUAACGGACGAUAUGGUGACAAGUCUAACGCUUUUGUUAAGGCAAGGUGUGAAACUAUCUAAGUUGGCUCCAGAUUAUAUCAUCGUAGGUGAAAAUCAAACAGCGGUUAGUGUCAGUCCUGGAACUAAUGUGUUUGGGGUUCUAAAGGAAUUCUGUCAUUAUAGUGACAUCGAUUUAAAAUCUAAGGUAGCAUGGGACCUGUUUUCAGCAGUUUUGAUCACAGUGUUUAACAAGACAUCAUUUUCUAGUUCACAGCAUCAAAAACUCUGUAUAGAGUAGAUUUUUUACAACCUAUUUGUAGAUUUAAGAGCCAACAGUAGCGAUCAACAGGUAGCAACAAAAUAUAACUUCGGGAGAUAGUAUCAUAAACUUUGGCAACCGUGGUAAUCUUCGACAUUAUCUAAGAUUAAUAUUUUGACAAUAUCAUAGUCGCGCUAAAUGGAAUUAAUAGAACACGAUUUUAUUAUUAGUAAAUAAAUAUUUAUAAAAAUAAACCAAAAUGGGUGAAAAUUUUAUGUUAAGAUAGGUAUUUGCAUGAAAUAUCUAAUAAUAAAACAAUAAUAAAUAAUCGUUUUUCGUUGUGAAGCGAAACAAAUUUCGAUGUUCUCAUAAUGUUGGCACGGUUUUUAAUGGAUUUUUUCUUGGAAGGAUUCGCUUUAUUUUUCGUUUGAUUAACUUUUCCGAUUUUGUUAAAUUAUUGAUAAUAUUUUUAGAAUAAAAAAUUCUCCUAAAACUUUAUAUACUCGCAUUAGAAUUCGAAAUAUUUUUACGUAAAAUAUACUUACCUACCUACCUACAUAUAACUAAAACUCACAAUUAACAACAAUCUAUUCUUUCAAAGAGGCCAACAACUUAUACAACAACAACAAAUAUAAUAAAUUAACUAUCAAUAAACAUUACUUUCCUAUGAAACCACAAUAACGAAUUCUUAAAUUAACACACUACUGCACUGAACAGAUAUCGAUAAAGAUGACAGAACAGAUUAGAGAAAAUAUGACGCAGGUUUGUCAAAAUGACAGUGAUAAUUUCUCUAUGUUGCCGAAUUAGUUAUUAGUUAUAAUAUGUUCGAUUUCUUGUUAGAAAUAAAAAAUUUUAGUAGUUCCAAGAUUACACAAAAUCUAGGCAUGGGAUAAAAAAGUUUAGUUGAAGAAAGUGUAUGUUUUUGUUCUUCUUAAUGGCGGUACAGGCUCGUAUUUUUAAUAUUGUAUUUAAUUACAGAGUAAUUUCCACAUACUAAUAUAUUUCUCAAUUUGGGAUCUGUACCGCCAUUCUUUAUUAUAUUACGAAUAUGUGUGCCAAAUAUCUCGACAAAAUAUUCAAAAUUACAGCCGCAAUCUUGGAACGCGUUUGUUGCUACCUGUUGAUCGCUACUGUAGCCUCUUAAGCCUAAAUGUAUAUAUUACUUAUUUUCAAUGCAUUCUUUAUUGUUGACAACUACAUUAUUAUGACAUAA